AUGACACUUGCCAACGCUGAUAUCGAGGAGCAGAAUCCCCAGCAGGAAGUCCAUUUUGCAGGUACCAAUGACGACGAUGUCUCCUGCACAGGCCAUGACCAUGACGAAGACCCCUACACAAGCGAAUCCAUUCGAAAUCUCAUGACCAAGAAGGAGAAUGACCGCAUCAAGAUGUUCAGGCUCAUGGUACUUGGAAUGCUGAUCAUGACAGCAGUGGUCACCAUUGUGGCAAAGGUCUUUCUGGGCCAGCAGGAGAACAGAAACUUUGAGACAGCUUAUGGCCAGUUUGCUAGGACUCUGGCAGAUGCCGCCCUUGAACAACAGCAGAGCCUCCGAGCUUCCUGUAGGAGCCUCGCCAAUGAAAUCACGGCCUAUGCACAACAGACCAACCAGAGUUGGCCCUAUGUGAAUCUGCCUCUGUUUGAGAGCUAUGCCAAGGGUUUCUUUGACCACAGCAAGGCUGAGUUUAUUGGUGUUCAGAACCUUGUCAAGCUAAAUGAAACAGAUGACUUUAUCAAUUGGACCACAGCUCACUACAAGGACUGGGUUAGUGAAGCCCACACCCUUCAUUAUGGAAACACUGACCUCCUCAACACAGAUCCAGCCCGAUACAAUCAGUAUAUCUCCCAGAAAGGCCCUAACAACACAUAUCCUCCCGACAAAGAUCGUCCAUACUAUGCUGUUCGUAUCAUGCAAUCUCCUCCCAUGCGUGCUUAUGGUCCUACAUUGAAUCUGAACCUCGCCACCAUCCCUGGUAUCCAAGCCAUCCAUGAUUCCCUUCUGCAACUCAAGUAUGAGACACUUGUUACUCGCAUCAAGCCAUUCAAUGCAGUCCCCGCAGAAGAACACCAAAACUUCCAUACAGAUUCCGAAGCGGAUAAUCCUCAUUCCUUUAUGUUCACUCCAAUUUGGCAUGAGGUUCAAAAUCCAGACAGUGGCAUUGUUGGAACACUUUCUUCCAGUGUUGCAUGGGAUGCCAGUAUGCAAGAUUUGCUGCCUGAGAUGGUCACAGGCAUCUUGGGUGUUGUCCGCAACGACUGUGGGCAAGAGUUCACCUACUUGGUGUCUGGUAAAGAAGCCUUCUACCUUGGCCCAAAAGAUCAUCAUGACCCCAAGUUUGAUGACUUGGGGGUCACUGUUGAGCUUGGCUGGCAUACACACCCAAACUACACCACAACACCAGGUCAUUGUCAAUACACUUUGAUUAUCUACCCAACUGAUGAGUUCAAAGAUGGCUACACCACUGCCCUGCCAGCUACAUUUGCGAUUGUUGUUGCUUGCACAUUUUCAUUGGUGGCCAUUGUAUUCUUCAUCUAUGACUCCAUUGUUCAACGCCGCAAUCUGGAGCUGGCUCAAGAUGCUGCUCGAUCAGACAAGCUUGUGUCUUCUCUCUUCCCUGGUGAAAUCAAAGAUAUUCUCUUGGCACAGCAGGAUGUGGGAGACAUCAAGGGAAGGAAGGGAGCAGUCCCUGGAUUCUCUGGCAGCAGCGGCUUCAUGAACCAGCCGGACUUAACUUCCACACAACUUGCAAAGGCUUAUCCACACACAACCGUAUUCUUUGGAGAUCUUGCAGGUUUUACCGCAUGGUCUAGUACUCGAAAGCCCGAGCAAGUCUUUGAGCUCCUUGAGACUCUUUACAGUGCCUUUGAUUCCAUUGCGAAGAAAAAGCGUGUCUUCAAGAUUGAAACUAUUGGAGAUUGCUACGUUGCUGUCUGCGGUUUACCAAAUCCCCAAGAAGACCAUGCCACCAGAAUGGUCCGUUUUGCCGAUGACUGCAUGUCCAAGAUGAAGAUCCUGACCACAGAGCUCUCUGAAACUUUGGGAGCUGAUACAAGCAACCUGCAACUGAGGGUUGGCUUGCACACUGGGGGUGUCACUGGUGGUGUAUUGCGUGGUGACAAGAGUCGCUUCCAGCUGUAUGGUGACACUGUGAAUACUGCCGCUCGCAUGGAAACUAAUGGAGUCCCAGGAAGAAUCCAUGUAUCUCAUGUCACUGCUGAUGAGCUCCUAUCUAUGGGCAAGAAGAACUGGUUGACGCCUCGGGAGGACAAGAUUGCGGUAAAAGGAAAAGGUGAAAUGGACACAUACUUUGUUGCAAUUCCGGAAAAUGGGGCAGCAUCAAUAGUCUUGUCAUUGACUGACACAGAAUCCCAUGAUGAUACUGGUGUCCAGCCUUUGGAUGUCAGUGCAUUGUCUGUCUAAGCUGGAGGGCAUCAAUGAGAGGGGUACCGUAGCAUGUGUAGAUACACAUAAACUAUUAGCCAGACCAAGCCUGGGUUGAAGGAGGACACACACUGACAGCGACCAAAUUUUUCUGUGGGCUCCGAUAUGUAUCCAUAGCGUACCGGUAGCCAGCCCGCCAACGUGCUUUCUCUGAGGUCCUUUCGGCUUUAUUGAAUCCAUCAGCCGAUCUGAUUAGGCCCAAUUCAAUGUUUCACCCAUCGCUGGCAUGCUGCAACGAAGGCGCACCAAAGUCAUCAAUCUCCACAAGGAGGGAGAUGUGUGUUAUCGUCGUUUCAUAAGGAGAGCAAUCCUUGCUUUUUCCCGCUCCAUGAUGAGUUUGAUGGUGGGAAAUGGUGUGAGGCUCCAUGGAGUUCUUUUACAGGACUGGUCCAGUCACUGGUCGCAGCAGCACCAACAGCGGCAGCAGUGUCCUCAUUUAUUUAAAUGUCCCGCCAAGCCAAGAGCCAAUGCUGUCAAUGUCAUUGGAAGCACGCGCACAAAAUGAAGAAGAAGGUCUGCCAGAAGUAUCAACACCAUCUCCCAAAGUGUCGCUGCCAUCGAAUUCUCAGCAUGAAAAGCACCAAGGAACGAAGUACCGCCCGUCAUGUUCUGUGACCAUAACAAAAGGGCUGGGAAUAGUACCUAACAAUGGUGGUUAUUAGUGGGAAAAGAGAAGGUGGUGUAUGUGGACAAGAACGAUACACUUGGACACCUUAUUGGUUUGAAAUUAGUCCAUGCCAGUGUUAUCAUUGUAAUUGGAAGCACUGAAAGCUAGCAAGCUUACUCCAAGUAGAAGGGUACCGGUACUAGUACUAGUACAAUCCAACCAGCACGAGCUGUCUACUCACACCACAAAGACAAGCAAAAACCCCACAAGAGCAGUGCUUCCACUCAUUCAUCACAUUAGCCAUGCAUCCUUCACAACAAGGUCAUCCAAGAAGCAAACACUGCAGUCGAACUUUUCGCCGCGAAAAAACUCACAUGAACCCAGUCCUUUGGCCCGAUGGUAUGGAGAACCUCGAUGCCAUCUGGGCCGGACACCGAAGCGGAUCAAACUGUGCAGUAAAAGUGUGUGGGA